AUGUCAUCUGAACAUGGAUUACAUGUUAUGUUAAGUUAUCAUUGGGAUAAUAAAGAAUUAGUUUCAAAAAUUUAUAAAGUACUUAAAUCAAAAAAUAUUCCUGUAUGGAUGGAUAUUCAUGGUGGAAUUAGUUUUAAUCUUUUUCAUAGUAUGGCAGAUGGAAUUGAAAAUGCUGCUGUUGUUUGUUGUUUUAUGACACCAAAAUAUCAAACUUCACGUAAUUGUGAAAAAGAAUUAUUAUAUGCUGAUAGACGACGUGUUCCAAUAAUUCCAUGUCGUUUGACACGUGAUUGGGAACCAUCAACAUGGCUUGGAUUAAUUAUUGCUGGACUUGUAUGGAUCGAUUUUCGGGAUACAACUGAUAUAAAUAUUGAUCUUAAGAUUGAUAAAUUAAUAGAACAAAUUCGAAUUGUUGCAGGAAAAAAACUCAAUUGUUUUCAAAUAGAAACUUCUUAUGUUUUACAAACUUGUCUAAUUUAUUCCAGUAAUUCUUCAAAUAAUUUUUAUCCUGUUCUACCACAAACAAAUGAUAUAUCUGAUUCAUUGAAACGAUCAACGUCAAUAAUAUCUCAUCAACAUCCAAAUGUUAAUAAUAUAAAUAUAGUACCACCACCAGUACCUCCACGUCCAAAUAAAGAUUUAAUUCGAGAACGAUUAUUCUCGGUUGAUAUAAAGAAAAAUCUCAAUGAAAUUGAAUUUAUCGAUAAAAAAAAAGAGAAUAAUAUACCAUUGAACAGUGAAAAACCAGAUAUACGUGAAAUUUCACAUUCACAACAAGCACAUACACGUUUGAUACCUGUAAGAAAAUUUUCUUAUUAUAAUAAUGAAAAAAAACGUAAUGGCAUAAAAAUUGAUUAUUCAAAAUUUCAUCGUUCACCUCGUAUUAUUGGAGAUGAUAAUGAGAAAAUUUCAUUUUGUUGUCCAUCAGGUGUUGCACUUUCAAAAACAGGUCUUAUCUAUGUUGCUGAUCAACAAAAUCAAUGUAUUAAAGUAAUUCCAUUGUUAGGAAGUGAAAAACAAAUUUUAUCACGUCCAUUUAAUCGACCAAAAGGUGUACAUGUUGAUGAACAUGGUCGUAUACUUGUAACAGAACAUAAUCGUUUACUUAUACUUGAUAGUGAACUUAAUCUACUUAAAUCUAUUGGAGAUCAUGGUUCAAAACCAGGUGAAUUUAAUGUACCAUGGGGAAUUACAACAGAUUCAUUAUCAAAUAUGUAUAUAUGUGAUCAAAUGAAUAAUCGAAUACAAAAAUUUGAUGCUGAUGGUCGUUUUUUACUAGAAUGGGGUCAUGAAGGUGAAGAUGCAGGUCAAUUUUAUUAUCCACAUUUUAUUUCUAUAUCAGGUAAUCAUGUUGCUGUAUCUGAUCAACUUAAUCAUCGUAUACAAGUAUUUGAUUGUUUUGGAAAUUAUCAUUAUAAAUUAGGUGAAAUUGGUAAUGAACCAGGUCAAUUUAGUUGUCCAUUUGGAGUAUGUAUCGAUGCUAAUGAUCAUUUAAUUGUUGCCGAUCAUGAUAAUAAUCGUGUACAAUUUUUUGAUGAAAAUGGUGAAAUUAAACUUAUAUUAGAUGAAAAAGUAAAUCCUUUAUUUAAUUUUCAAGGUGUUCAUGGUUUAGCAUUGACUUAUGAUGGUGGACUUCUUAUUACUGAUUAUAAACGAGAUGGAAAACAUCGUUUAUUUAUUUUUGCUUAA